AUUAUACUUUUUUUUUUUUUUUUAAAUAUAGGAAGAAGAGGGCUUAUUCUUCCUCAGCACUUGGAUAAAGUUGUAGGAGUUGUACUGAAAGCCUUAGUUUAUGAUGAACAGCGUGGUAACUUUUCAGUUGGCUCUCACAUAAGAGAUGCUGCAUGUUAUGUUUGUUGGUCUUUUGCUAGAGCUUAUGAUCCAAAAGUGCUGCAGCCAUAUGUAAAUAGCAUUGCUGGAGCUCUUUUAGUCACUACUGUAUUUGAUAGAGAAAUUACAUGUCGAAGAGCAGCUUCCGCUGCAUUUCAAGAAAAUGUAGGCAGGCAAGGAACAUUUCCUCAUGGCAUUGAAAUUCUUACUGAAACAGAUUAUUAUGCUGUUGGUUCUCGUCAGAAUUCUUUUUUAAAUUUAAGUGUCUAUAUUGCUCAGUUUCCUGAAUAUACACUUACCCUAAUACAGCAUUUAUUAGAUUACAAAGUUAAUCAUUGGGAUCCAUCUGUUAGAGAGCUCACUGCUAAGGCUCUUCACAAUCUGACUAAUAGAGAUCCUGAAUUCAUGUCGAAAGCAGCUGUUCCUAGGUUUCUUAUCCAGGCCAUAGGCAUUGAUCUUAAUGCUCGACAUGGAGCAAUAUUAGCUAUUGGUGAAAUUAUCCAUGCUUUGUCUGUUGAAAAAAGUGGCACACAAACAAUUGCUGAUAUAUUAGGUUCAGAGUGUCUUAAAAAAAUCAGGCAACUUGCAUUUAUCUUGGAUGAAAGGGGUUUAUUCCGUGGCCUUGGGGGUAUUCUUAUGAGAAAUGCAAUGUGUCUUCUCAUUGAAAAGUCAUCUGUGGCUGCUUUGCCAUAUCACAAUGAUGAAGAACUAAUUAGCAAAUGGCAGUCAACUUUAGACAGUUGUCUUCAACAUGUAGAUGUAUCUGUGCGUUCAGCAGCUGUAUCUGCAUUACCUGAUUUUUGUUGUCAAUAUUAUCCGCCUGAGAGUCCCAAGUGUUCAAAUCUUCUGAAAAGUUAUUUAGAACAACUAAAUGCUAAUCAUAUGGAAACAAGAUGUGGAUAUGCUUUAGCAGUAGGAUCCUUUCCACAAUAUAUUCUCAAGGGCUAUGUACAUGAGGCUAUUCAGUGCCUCUCAAAAUGUGCUGAAGUAACUGAAGAAUAUUCAAGCUGGGCAGAGGCAAGACGAGAUGCUGUUAAAGCAUUAUCACAAGUUGCUGCUACGGUUGGAGUUGACCAAACUAGCGAUGAGCAGAAUGUUAUAUGUCAGAAUAAUUUGGAUUUAAUUUUCAGUACAUUUUUAGCAGCUACCAAUGACUACACACUAGACAGCAGAGGUGAAAUAGGAGCAAUUGUAAGGGAAGCAGCUAUGAUAGCUAUACAGGAUGUUAUUUUUCUUGUUUUGAAAGCAAAUCCAGAAAUAUUGUCAGAGGAACUAGUUUUGAAAAUAUUCUGUGUUAUCUUGCAACAGUGUACCGAAAAGAUUGAUAGAACUCGUGCAGUAGCUGGUAGUGUUUUUGAAAUGCUUUUACACAGUGAACCAAGAGUUCCACAUGUGCCAUUUCAUCAAGAAUUAUUAGAAGUUUUCAAUUCUGAAGUUUGUGAUGAAAUAAAAUGGGCCUCUCCAGGAGAUACCUUUCAUUACUUUGUUCAAGUCCUUCAGUUUCCGUGUUACACACAUAAUUUAUUACUUGGAUUUAUUGUGAGUGUUGGAGGACUCACAGAGUCACUUGUUAAAUAUUCAAGUUCAGCUCUUGUCACAUACUUGACUUCACAUCAGUCUAACAGUGAAUUCCUACAGCGCAUCUGUGAUGAAUUAAUUUCCAUUUUAAAAGACAAUAUAAAAAAUGACCGAAUUGUUGUGCCUUUCCUCAAGAUGGUGAAUCAUCUGCUGCUCUCUGGCAUAGAAUUUCCCACAGAAAGAGGAAAAAUUCCUUUCCAUGACCAACUGUCAAACUUGGUUUGGGAAUGUUCUCAUAAGUCUAGAGACUUACAAAAAGUCAUUGCUGCUGUAGACUUAUUCUGUAAUUUACUUCAGUUUUCAGAAUCAUGCCAAAAGCAGUCUCUUAACAAGUUGGUAAUUUUUCUGUGUCAUCGCUUCCCAAGAGUUCGAAAAGUAACUGCUAAUAAAUUGUAUGAGGCCUUCAUUACUUAUGAUAUUUUAGCAGAUGAUGUUAUGGAUGAAGUUUCUGAGAUAUUGAGUGAUACAGACUGGAAUAAACCUCUUGAUGAGUUGCGCCCAAUUCGAAAUGAAUUAUGUGGUAAAUUAGGCCUUGAACCUCCAAAAAUAAAAGAAAAGUGAUUUUUUUAUAAAAUAUUAUUUUUUACUUUUUGUAAUAAUUUAUUUUUGCCUAUAAACCUGAGAGUGCCUAGUACUAAGCAUCUUCUGUUGGUGAAAGUAUUACUCAGGAACUUAUAUAUCUUUACGAAUUCCAUUUGCAAGAACCAUCAUGAAAAGAAAUGUUUGUUUUUAUUCUAAUUUCCUCAUCAUCAACAAUAUCAAGCUUUCCAUUUGCUAAUAUUCUUGUUUUUUUUUUUUUUUUAAGUUUUAAAUACAUGAAAUAAUUCUAAAAGCAUGCUUGUUAUUAAAGUAAUGCUUGCUAGUUUUUAAUUAAUACUGUGUUUACAAAGUUCAAACAGUUUUCUUGUUUUAAAUGUUGCUUCUACCUGUUCUGCUUUUUAAUUUAUGUUACUUCUUAAAGAAAUAAAGUGGAAAAGUGAGAUAUUUAUCAAAAAUAUUUUAUUUACACAGGAAUUGUUGAUGCAGAAAAACUUCCAAUUCUAAAGUCAUUAAAUUGAAAAAAAAAUACAUACUCAUUCCAAACUUUUUAUCAAGAAUGACAUUAUCAAAGAAUAAUAAAAGUUUAGAUUUUAAUUUAAUUUUUUACAUGAUUUUUUAAUUUAAUUUUUUACAUGAUAGCUUUAUGAUAAUAAGAAAUAAAUACAUGCAAACUAUUACUUGCUAAAUAAAGUUGUCUGCAGGUUAUAAAUUAAUGUGCAUUUUCUUUUGUAAUGUAGUUUUUAAUAGUAUUGUUCUACGCAUAUUUUGUUGGUUUUAAUUUUGGUGUAACAGAAGAAGAGAUGUGUGUUUAUGUAUUACAGUCUGACUAUGUAAGGAGAUACUGUUUAGCGUCUGGCAAUGUAAUAGUAACAUGGCAAUAUUUGUGAAAAUAUGCACAUUUGAUAUAAUUAAUGAAAGUCAUUUUUAUCAGGGGACAUACGUACAAUAAUCCUUCCCAUGCAAAGGGACAAAGCACAAAAAAAACACCAUUAAAAUAUGAAAAGUUAGCUCACAAAGUGACCCUUUGUAGGGUAGCAUACUCCAGUCCAUUUACAUUAGUGAUUUUAAUUUAGGUUAAAAAUACAAAUUCAUGGGUCAUGCAUUUUAUAAGUGGAGCUGGACAUGGUAUAAAAGCUAUAAUAGUUAUGUCAGAUUCUCAAAAUACAAGCAAAACAUUACUAUUUUGGGUGUUAAAAUGUAAAAUAAAUGUUGCUGUAAUUUCUAAAGAGUCUAUUUUAGAAAAUAAAAUGCAUAUUGUUCAGGAUGUGAAAUUUAUAAAGAAAAAAAGUUAUUACAUCUCUAUAAGGGGGGGGUUGUGAAAUUUGUAUAGCAUCUGAAAGUGUUUCUUCUAAAUACACUUUUAUAUUUAUUAAUUACAUAUAUUUAAAAAAAAUAGCUAAAUAUCUUGUUUUAUUAUUAUUUGAUACUUUUCAAAUUGUGUGAAUUCUUUUAUACAUUAACCUUUAUAUACACUGGUAUAUAAAAUAUACUGGAUGUUUCUCAAAUUUUUAACCUCCUAAUAAAUGCUAAUUUUUCUACACCAGAAGCUGUAAUCAUAAAUUUCUGUUUCCUAUUAAUUCUAAAUGGCAGCACUACCCUAUGAAUGCUCAAUAUUUUGCAGUUAUGAAAUUAAUAUACCUCCUUCCAAGGUAUCUAUCGUGUUUGAAGAUUCAUAAAUUCUAUUGGAGAAGAAAAAAUUCAAAAUCUGCAAAUGUGUGCUGAAACUUAUCUAUUGCAUUUCAGUCAGAACUGAUAAUUUAAAGAUUAUUUCUACAAUUUUAAGACCGGUAUACAAAAUAUACUGGUGCCCAUACUGAGGGUACUAUGCCAAUAGAUAGCAGCACCAGGCUUCUCCUUCUGUACUCUGUGAGAUGACAGAAUUCCUUUAUAUUAUAAUUGUUUAUGAUGUAAUAAUUUGUUUAUGGUUAAUUUACAAGCUGUUUAGAAUUCAGUAUUAUGUUCAUGAGGGGGAUGGGAAUGCUACCAACCCUAUGCUAAGAAUGAAUAAAAGUAUUUUAGUUUCUUUC